AUGAUACCAAGAGUAUUACGAGAACUGAACUUACUCAAGCCACUACUUCAAAUUAGAGCAAUGUCAAAAAGCGGUCAGCACUAUCCCAAGAUUAUUAACUCCGCUUGCAAUAAUGCAACGUUGACGCUAAAUCAUACAUGUCUGCGGGUCAAAGAUCCAAAAGUCAGCGUUGCUUUCUACAAAAAGCAUUUUGGGAUGAAUUUGCUAGAAAAGAAAGACUUUCCUGAUAUGAAAUUCAGCUUGUUAUUUUUAAGCUUCCCGAACAAGGUGGUCCCAACAAACUCACAAGGCGGUAAUGCUGUUUUUGCAAUGAAUGGUGUGCUUGAAUUGACUCACAAUUGGGGAACAGAAAACGAUGCUGAUUUCAAGGUCAACAAUGGUAAUGAAGAACCCCAUCGCGGAUUUGGUCACAUUUGCUUUUCUGUGCCAAACAUAGAAGAGACAUGCAAGAGACUGGAGUCCGAAGGUGCGGCGUUCAAGAAAAGAUUGGUCGAUGGUAGGCAAAAAGACAUUGCGUUUGUUUUUGAUCCUGAUGGAUACUGGAUCGAACUAAUUCAGUACUUGAAAGAAGAAGAACCUGUUCCUGAUAACAAAGAAAAUAAAAAAUUCAAUCACACCAUGAUGCGUGUCAAGGAUGCCGAAAAGUCCUUGGCAUUCUAUCAAAACGUUCUUGGCAUGAAGUUGAUAAAAUCCAGUGUUCAUGAAAAUGCAAAAUUCACCUUGUACUUUCUUGGAUACGGCAUAAACAAGGGAGAAAACUCCCGGUCAACGGAAGGGUUACUCGAACUUACCCACAACUGGGGCACCGAAUCCGAUCCAGCGUUCAAGUACCACAAUGGUAACGACAAGCCGCAGGGUUAUGGUCACAUAUGCAUCAGCUGCAAGGACCCGGCAACUAUGUGCCACGAGAUAGAACAAAAGUAUGGCGAUGAAAUUGAAUGGGGGGUCAAAUUUAACGGAGGGAAGAUGAAAAAUCUGGCCUUUAUUCAAGACCCUGACGGAUAUUCAAUUGAGAUUGUUCCAGCAGACUUAACCCUUUGA